AUGGACAUUGUACCCUCUCCUUUUUCCUCAUCUUUCGACACCAAACCCCCUUUCUUGGUACCCAUUGUCCCUUGCCUACAAAUCUUCACGGACUUCACCCAACUAUCGCCGAGUUCCCCUGAGGCUCCGUCGGGUACUUUCAACAUUACGGAGGGUUAUAUUGAGUUGGCAAGUGAUCCGAUAACGGAUAGAAAUACAUUAUGGAUCAUCCUCAAGAGAGAGAAGUUGGAUCAGUGGCGAAAUUCACAGAGAAUAUCGUGCGGUCAGAAUCGCAACUCCAUCAACCACAGCUGGAUUUUGCAUCUGCAAACUCAAGGCAGCCGACCAGCAUCUCUGUUAGAGUUUCAAAACGAAUUAAGACGCCGACGCGGAAAGCGAGUGAGGCUCAGUCGAAUGCCGAGACCAUCCAGGCUCUACGAAGAUCGCGAUCGCGCGCUGUGUCAAGGAAACGCUAGCCUCCACCCAAAACGGCACGGAUAA